CAUGGCGACCGCAGCGUCUAACCACUACAACAUCCUCACCUCCAGCGCAUCCAUCGUGCACUCGGAGCCCGGCAGCAUGCAGCAAGCCACGGCGUACCGGGACGCGCAGAGCCUGUUGCAGAGCGACUACCCGCUGCAGAGCAACAGCCACACGCUCAGCCACGCACACCAGUGGAUCACGGCGCUGUCCCACGGAGAGGGAGCCCCGUGGUCCUCCAGCCCGCUCGGCGCGGAGCAGGACAUCAAACCCGCGGUGCAGGGCGCCCGGGACGAGAUGCACAACUCCAGCAGCAACCUGCAGCACCAGUCGCGGCCGCCCCACCUGGUGCACCAGACGCACGGGAACCACCACGACGCCCGGGCGUGGAGGACCACCACCGCGGCUCACAUACCGAGCAUGGCCACGACGAACGGCCAAAGCCUUAUUUACUCCCAGCCGAGCUUCAGCGUGAACGGGCUGAUCCCGGGCAGCGGGCAGGGGAUGCAGCACCACCACAACAUCAGAGACAGUCACGAGGAGCACCACAGCCCGCACCUCAGCGAGCACGGACACCCUCCGUCCCAGCAUCAGCACCAGCACCGAUCGCAGAGCCACCACGACCACUCGGACGAGGAUACGCCGACCUCGGACGACCUGGAGCAGUUCGCCAAGCAGUUCAAGCAGCGGAGGAUCAAGCUGGGCUUCACGCAGGCGGACGUGGGACUCGCCCUGGGGACCCUGUACGGAAAUGUGUUUUCCCAAACCACCAUAUGCAGGUUUGAGGCCCUGCAGCUCAGCUUCAAAAACAUGUGUAAGCUGAAGCCUCUGUUGAACAAGUGGUUGGAGGAGGCGGACUCCACCUCGGGCAGCCCGACCAGCCUGGACAAAAUCGCGGCGCAGGGCAGGAAAAGGAAAAAACGGACUUCAAUCGAGGUGAGCGUAAAGGGAGCUUUGGAGAGCCAUUUUUUGAAGAGCCCUAAGCCGGCAGCGUCGGAAAUAAUCGGCCUGGCGGACAGUCUGCACCUGGAGAAAGAAGUGGUGAGGGUUUGGUUUUGUAACAGGAGACAGAAGGAGAAACGCAUGACUCCUCCCGGAGGAGCUCUGCCGGGGAGCGAGGAUGUGUACGGGGACACGCCGCCGCACCACGGGGUCCAGACCCCGGUCCAAUGA